AUGGGAUUAUACAACAAGGACACCAAAAUCGACAAUACUACCACUCAAAGAUGGGUAUCUCAAAUAGAUAAAGAUACUCGAGAAGACGUAAACAACCCCUUCUGGGACAUGUUCUGGAACCUAGGUGGGGCAUCAGCAGACAAAGUCCUCCACCCCAGAAAUCAACAAGGUCACCUACAAGAAGAGGAAGGUCGUGUCCCAUUGACUGAUUCAUUAAAUAGCGUCUGGCAAACUGUAUCACAAGACCUCUCAGGACUAUUGAACCCCGGUAAUCUGCUUAACUUCCAAAGAAAGAAUGGAGCUGUCCCUACGUUGUCACAAUAUGAACAUUGUAAGAAUGUAGACGGAUUGUCUGUAUGGAAUAGGUUUGGCCAAUGGCAAUGUUUGUUCCCUGCAUCUAUUAAGCCUGAUGAUAUUCCUUUGAACGCUAUGGGACAGGGUAAAGAUCCUUAUUUGACUAAAGAGAUCGUUAUGGGUGAUAAGGAUCAUAAAUUGGGGUUAUAUUUCACGGAGUUUGGUGAUUUCUUAGAUUGGAGAUUACAAAUGAGUAAAUUAGUUCAAGAGAAAAGACUUCAAGAACAAAAAAAAAGUUCACCAAUAUCUUCUUCCUCCCUUACACCAGAAGGUUUGAUGUUAGAUUCUUAUAAUGAUCAUGGAAUGAAUGAUGAUAAGGGGAAGAAAGUCGUUGGAAGAGCUGAAUUUAUUCAAUCUUUUGACUCAACCGAUGAAGGUAAAGGAACUAUUAAAAAAUUCAAAACCUAUUAUGAUGAUGGUAGUGUUUUGAUCAAAUCAACAAAGAUUAAACAACCUAUAAACAAUGAGAGGCCUCAGGUUGAAACAUCAGAAGAUCUGAUACCUGCUUCCAAGGAUGAUGACGAAAGAAUCUGGUAG